AUGGAUUGGGAUGAUGCCGGUAACACUGGCACGGCCAAAAGGCCUGUCAAGCAAACACUGCAGAGCAAGAAGCAGGUUCCGGCGAAGGUUCAGGUAAAGCUACCUAAAGCUCUCUUUGAGUCGGCGGUCCAGUCUGGCAACUCCCUGCUGGUGGAACGAAGCCUGAAGCAGGAGGCAAACAAGCCUCCCCCGGGCAGCCUCCCUGCAGCCUUCAAACUCCCUCAGCGAGCCUCCCCACCAGGUGCUCCCAACAUCUCCCCUCGGGGGUCCACCAGCCCCAAGGGAGCCCCCGGAAGCCCCACCAGCCCUAGCAACGGCGCUACAGCCGCAGCUACCGCUGCCAACGGCACGAAUGGCAUCACCCCUUCAGCACCCCCUAGCCCGCCGCCGCCCGCGACCCUGCAGCCCUUCACCCGCAGACCUCCCAGAUGUGAGUACUUCUUCGACCCAGCCACCGCAUCCGACCUUUUUCCCCCGCGCCCGCUGGAAGGAUCCGCUCUGGCUGAUUACUUCAUCAUGGGCUCAGAGGCGGCGGCGGCAGCCGCAGCCGGCGAUGCCGCCGCCAGCGCUGCAGGCGUUGCGGAGGUUCAGUCGGAGCCGGCGCACCCGCUGGGCUGGGUGCCCGUGGAGGAAACCCAGUUCAGCACCCGGCUGCGGCCCCGCACAGGCCAGCUGCCGGUGCGCACCACCACCAGCAUGCCCCUAGAGUAUUUUGACAGCCCGGAGAUGGAGCUAAUUUCUCCCGAGCAGCGUCUGGAGGCGGCGGCGGCUGGCGGGCCAGCGGCUGGAGGGAAAGGCCCGGACGGUGUGCUGGCGUAUAGCCGCUACUUCGACUCCAAAGGGUCCUUCUCGUGGGCUCCAUGCUUCGUUAGAGAGUACGACAG